CUGUUGCGUUCAGUCUCCACCCGGACUCCGCCAUGUUGGGUCUUGUGGGUCGUGUGGCCGCAGUCUCGGCCUCCGGGGCUUUGCGGGGACUCAGCCCUGCAGCGCCUUUACCCCAAGCUCAGCUCUUACUGCGGGCCGCCCCGGCAGCACUCCAGCCUGCCAGAGACUAUGCCGCCCAAACAUCUCCUUCGCCAAAGGCAGGAGCCGCCACUGGGCGCAUCGUGGCUGUCAUCGGUGCAGUGGUGGACGUCCAGUUCGAUGAGGGCCUACCACCCAUCCUAAAUGCUCUAGAGGUGCAAGGCAGGGAGACCAGGCUGGUUUUGGAGGUGGCCCAGCAUUUGGGUGAGAGCACAGUAAGGACCAUUGCCAUGGAUGGUACAGAAGGCUUGGUUAGAGGCCAGAAGGUCCUGGAUUCUGGUGCACCCAUCAAAAUUCCCGUUGGUCCUGAAACCUUGGGCAGAAUUAUGAAUGUCAUUGGAGAACCUAUCGAUGAGAGAGGCCCCAUCAAAACCAAACAAUUUGCACCUAUUCAUGCCGAAGCUCCUGAAUUCAUGGAGAUGAGUGUUGAGCAGGAGAUUUUGGUUACUGGUAUCAAGGUUGUGGAUCUCUUGGCUCCCUAUGCGAAGGGUGGCAAAAUUGGGCUCUUUGGUGGUGCGGGAGUUGGCAAGACUGUACUGAUCAUGGAGUUAAUCAACAAUGUUGCCAAAGCCCAUGGUGGUUAUUCUGUGUUUGCUGGUGUUGGUGAGAGAACCCGUGAGGGCAAUGACUUGUACCAUGAAAUGAUUGAGUCUGGUGUUAUCAACCUAAAAGAUGCUACCUCCAAGGUAGCGCUGGUGUAUGGUCAAAUGAAUGAACCUCCUGGUGCUCGUGCUCGGGUUGCUCUGACUGGACUGACUGUGGCCGAAUACUUCAGAGACCAAGAAGGUCAAGAUGUACUGCUGUUUAUUGAUAACAUUUUCCGCUUCACCCAGGCUGGCUCAGAGGUGUCUGCUUUAUUGGGAAGAAUCCCUUCUGCUGUAGGCUAUCAGCCUACCCUGGCCACUGAUAUGGGUACCAUGCAGGAAAGGAUCACCACCACCAAGAAGGGAUCUAUCACUUCUGUACAGGCCAUCUACGUGCCUGCUGAUGACUUGACUGAUCCUGCCCCUGCCACUACCUUUGCGCAUUUGGAUGCUACUACUGUGCUGUCCCGUGCUAUUGCUGAACUGGGCAUCUACCCAGCUGUGGAUCCUCUAGACUCCACGUCUCGCAUCAUGGAUCCCAACAUUGUUGGCAGUGAGCAUUACGAUGUUGCCCGUGGGGUACAAAAGAUCCUACAGGACUACAAAUCCCUCCAGGAUAUCAUCGCCAUCCUGGGUAUGGAUGAACUUUCUGAGGAAGACAAGUUGACUGUGUCGCGUGCACGGAAAAUACAGCGUUUCUUGUCUCAGCCAUUCCAGGUUGCUGAGGUCUUCACAGGUCAUAUGGGGAAGCUGGUGCCCUUGAAGGAGACCAUCAAAGGAUUCCAGCAGAUUUUGGCAGGUGAAUAUGACCAUCUCCCAGAACAGGCCUUCUAUAUGGUGGGACCCAUUGAAGAAGCUGUGGCAAAAGCCGAUAAGCUGGCUGAGGAGCAUUCAUGAGGGGAUCCUAGCACUUUUCUUCCAAGCUGUCCCCCUCCUUGUCCCUAAUCCAAAAAAUUCAGUUUUCUCUGUAAGCCACAUGAAAGCCGUGAUUGAAGACAUUAUGUUUUGUCUGAAGAGUAUUUAAGAUUUACAAUAAAAUGUACAUGCCUCCAAA